AUGUGGAGGUCUGGCUACAUCCCCAAGGCCUCUGGGUAUGGCACUGUAAAAGGUAUCCGCCCCAUCACUCUAUCCUGCACACUGUGCAAAUUACAGGAAGCGGUGAUUGCUCGUCGCCUUGCACCUUAUACAGAAGAGAUUAUCAGAUGCGAUGAACACUUUGCCUAUCUUCCUCGUCGAUCUGCUACCCUAAUGGUUGGCAAGAUGAUCCACUAUGCACAGCAGGGGCUCGGCGGCAAACUGGUGAAAAAGAAACCUCCCUGGGCCAUAGUUGGUCUUGACCUGAGCAACGCUUUCGGUACGGUGCCGCAUUGCAAGCUUCUACAAGGCCUACAGAGUAUCGGUAUUCCCACCAAGGAAAUCGAUUGGAUAAGGUCCUGGCUAGGACCGAGGCUUAACUCUAACCGCUAUCUGGGCGUUGACACCACUCGCAUGGCCAAGGAAGGUAUAGGCCUUGCCCAAGGGAGUGUGCUGUCUCCGCUCCUUUUCGUCUACUUCAUGCAUUAUGUGAUCAGUGCUAUUAAGGACGAUCUUCCUGAUGGACCUUUCCCCUAUCGAUGGUUUAUAUAUGCGGACGACUGCCAUCUUGUUUUCAAGUUCAAACCCCGAAGCUCUCAAGAAGACCGGGAUCGUCACAUCCACUAUUUUCUGGAUCGACUGUCUGCUCUGCUACGCCUCUAUAAUCUCUCUCUGUCCACUGAGAAGACUGAAAUUCUCACCAGCUAUAUCUCACAGUCCUAUCAGUCGAAGCACAUUAAUAUUUUGGGUAUCACGAUCACCAGAAGGCUAAGUUUUCAUCUUCACCUGAAGGCCAGACUAUCCAAGUGUCAUGGUAUCACCCUGAAGGCGUGGCGUUAUGCUCGGAGCUCCUUUGGUGUCUCUCCUGACUCCAUCCUCUUACUUGCUAAAUCCGUUUGGCUUCCCACACUCUGCUAUGGUCUGGAAGUCUGGGGUACCUCCCUCGCCAUCAACAAGACUACCCUACUGAUUGACUCCGCUUACAGAAGAAUUUUGAAGUUGGCCUAUCGACUUCCCUCCUCCGCUCCUAACUCUUUCGUCGAUCUUCUAUGUGACUCACCAUCGCUAUCCUACACCCUUAUUGACAAGCUGCUGGUGAAGUCCAUGCACCGCAUGGCACACCCGCCUUCUCCAGGCUCCCUACCGAAUCAUUUCAGCUGGUGCCCGUCACUGUCGGAUAAGUGGCUUCGCAUUCUAAACGAUCGACUUCCGGACUAUGGUACCACUGAUUGGUAUGCCCCCGGCCCCCCCAUCCCCAUCGACAUCGCUAAUCGUAUCAUCAUCGAAGAAACUAAACAGGCAGCUAUCAUCAGGUGGCGCAGCCUAUCUGGGAUAGGUGUCGAGGUCUACACAGAUGGCUCCCUGGUCAAGGACGGCCCGGAGCCCACGGUCGGUGCGGGCUUUGUGGUG